UUCAUUUCCCGGGUGGGAUCAGUUCAGGUUUGGUUCAGUACUGAAGCCCUAACGUGGCUCUCUCUGAGAUCUGACCAAACCAAGUCCUGCUGCUGCUGCGGAUGGAUACACAGACCUGACCGUCCUCCUCUCAGCUUCUCUCAGGUGUGCAGCCUUGACCAGGACCCCCCAUCAACACUGUCGACAUGAAGGUAAACAGGGAGGACUUCAUCCUGCAGGCUCUCCUCCUGAUCCACAUCCCUGUGGUCUGCCUCUUCACUGCAGUGUCUGGUCAGUCUGACAGCAGCAGCAGUGUGGUGGUGGCAGGGUAUAAUGUGAGCGCCCCCGCUGGGUCGAGCGUGGUGCUGCAGUGUGUGAGCGGUCGCAUGGUGUGGACGAGGGACAGGGUGAGGGACAGACAGAGAGUGGUCCACUGGGAUAUGUACCGGCCCCGUCCAGAAGAUACAAGGGAGAGGGUGCUGGACAUGUUCUCCGCUGGGGACCAGAGGAUCUACAACUCCUACAAUCAGGGCCGGGUCGGCCUCAGCCCAACAGCCUUCAAGGAUGGAAACUUCUCCCUGGUCAUCAAAGAUGUGACGAUGAAUGACAGAGGUCUGUACUCUUGUAACCUCCACCAUCACUACUGCCACCUGUACGAGACAGUCAGAGUACAGCUCAACAUCACUAAAUCACGCCGUAAAGAGCAGCGCUUCUGGGACGGACAGAAGGCGGUGUUCGUGGUGCUGCUUGGCAGUACUGUGGUGCUGCCGUGCAUCAACAGACGUAAUGUGUGGACGGACUGGAGCAACGAGGAGGAGGACCAGCAGGUGGUGCAUUGGGACCGUCAGUCGCCCGGCAUCCGCCACGACCGAGCCGACCGUCUGGUGGAUCUGUACGCCUCUGGAGAACAGCGGAGCUACGGGCCACUGUUCCUCCAGAGGAAGAUGAACAUCAGCAACCAAGCCUUCUCACAGGGAGACUUCUCUCUGACCAUCUCUGACCUGCAGAUCACAGACCAGGGGAUGUAUUCCUGCCACCUCCACCACCAUUACUGCGGUCUGCACGAGAGAAGAGAGUUUCAAGUCACAGUGGAACCACCAGUGAUUCAGACCACCCUGCCAGCCAAAGCUCUGCCCAGUGAGGACAAAGACACCACUAAGCCUGAAUCACCGCGAGUCAUCAAUGUUAUUCUGCCAGACCAGAGACAUCACUUUCUCCUGCCACUGGGCUACGUCCUCACUUCCUUCCUGCUCCUGGCAUUCGUUAUCCUCAUCAUCAUCCUCGUCACGUGCAGACGUAGAACCAAAGAGUAUUAUCCACAAGCAUCCAUGAGGUACAGCAGGAGUGAGAGCAGCUCAGAAGAAUUUGAGAUGGACGUCGCUGAAGUGAGUGCGUGCAGCCGAGAGGAGAGAAGAUUUGACUACAAGAACAACCUGCUGAAAGAGAAGGUCCACGCUGACGCUCAGCCGAAGGUCAUUGAUCUCGACAAAGAGAUGCAGAAGUUUUGUAAAUGAGGAAAUGACAAAAAGAGAAAUAAAAAAAGUGAAAUUGGAGUCACUGGCUGGUCCAGAGACUGCGCUCCAAACUAAACGCUGACUUCUGUCCUGGCAGAGGAGAGACAGAAAGAGACGAAAUGUUGUGAAAACAGUUAAAAAACAAAAAACAAAAGUCAGUAUUGAAAGCAAAAGAAAAACAGAUUUUCUCAUUCUACUUGAUCAAACAAAAAUAAAUAAAUAAAAUAAAACAAAGACUGGACUUGGACCACUGUUCAUGGCACAAUAGCGCCACCCAGAGGGGGAGUCUUAAUCUCUGACUGUUACACGAAAGAGCAACGUGGAAUAAAAGUUGACUCAGUUGUGAUUGAGUGAAUUUUGAAUUAUCAGUUAUUACAGCUUUGAUCGUUAUUCCUCACGUUUUAUUUUUAUUUUCACUUCUUUGUUUUUACUCUCAUAUCCAUCUUGGCUUAACUGACCGGACUGAAGCACCACUGAAGUGCUGUUAUCAGUGUCCAGUGCUUCCUUUGUAGGCUAUGAUUAACUGUUACAUUGCUAAAUGACCAAUGAUGCUGCGUAUGUAAAAAAUGUUUUUAAAGCUCAGAAUGUUUUUGUUUUUGUUGUGGAAUUACAUGUAUUAAAGUUUGAUACUGAUGUUGAA